AUGUUGAGAACUCAAUUGAACACGUUUUAUAGAUCCGCAACCAGAGGAGUCCCCUUCAGAGGCUUCCACGCCUCGGCUGCCCGUUUGGUCAAGGUGGGUGACUCCGUUCCCCUGACUCCUUUAUUCGAAGGUUCUCCAGGAAACUCGGUCAACUUGGCAGAGGAUAUUGGCAACAACAAGGCUCUUAUUGUCGGUGUUCCAGGAGCCUUUUCCCCCGCCUGCUCCGCCUCCCACGUGCCUGGUUUCUACAAAAACCUCAGAGGCUUCAACGACAAGGGAAUCACACACUUCUACGUGAUUGCUGUCAAUGACCCCUUCGUGACCAAGGCGUGGGGCGAGAGCAUCGAGAACCACCAGGCCGGCACCGACCAGGUGAAGUUUUUGUCUGAUCCUCGUGGUGAGUUUUCUCGUGACUGGGACGUGCUUUUCGAGGCCUCCAAGGUGUUUGGCAACGAGAGAUCCGGCCGUUACGCUGUUUUGGUUGAAAACGGCAAGGUGGCCAAGACGUUUGUGGAGCCCGACAACACCUCGGUGAACGUCUCUGACGCCGAGAAGGUCUUGGAAGGUUUGGACUAG